UGAACUAUUGACAACUGUAGUUAGGAGUAGUUCAAAGUAAACACACCUUCUGAAGCAACGCUGCAAUUUCUUUGUAAUGUGCUGGUGACAGCUGACGUGGAGUUUUGUGAACAGUUAUGUUUUUAAACGAAUUUUUCAAUUAAAGUUUUAGAUGGCUACCUUCGAAGAAUACAUACAGCAAAAUGAAGACAGGGACGGGGUCCGUUUCACAUGGAACGUCUGGCCGUCAAGUCGUAUAGAAGCGACUCGUUUAGUUGUCCCUUUGGGAUGUUUAUAUCAACCAAUUAAGGAGCGAACGGAUUUACCGCCCAUUCAGUACGACCCCGUUUUAUGUACAAGAAAUAACUGCCGGGCCAUUUUAAAUCCAUUUUGUCAAGUAGAUUAUAGGGCAAAGUUAUGGGUGUGCAAUUUCUGUUUCCAACGAAAUCCGUUUCCUCCACAAUAUGCUGCAAUAUCUGAACAACAUCAACCGGCUGAACUGCUUCCUGCAUUUUCCACUAUCGAAUAUACGAUAACGAGAGCUCAAUGCAUGCCUCCUAUCUAUCUGUUGGUGGUCGAUACUUGCAUGGAUGAGGAAGAGUUGGGAUCUUUAAAAGACUCGUUGCAAAUGUCUCUGAGUUUAAUGCCACCAAAUGCAUUAGUUGGACUCGUUACUUUCGGAAAGAUGGUGCAAGUGCACGAAUUGGGUACCGAGGGAUGUAGUAAAUCUUAUGUAUUUCGUGGAACGAAAGAUUUAACAGCAAAACAGAUUCAAGAUAUGUUAGGCUUGACCAAAGCUACUGGUCCCAUGCAGCAACAACCGCAAAUGCAGCAAAUACCUGGACAACCUAUGAGAGGACCACCAACACAAACUGCACCUCCCAUUAAUCGGUUUUUACAACCAUUGGCAAAUUGUGAGAUGUGUCUUACUGAUUUGAUUGGUGAAUUGCAAAGAGACCCAUGGCCGGUGCCACAAGGCAAACGUUAUUUGAGAUCUACAGGAGCGGCGCUAUCGAUAGCUGUGGGACUUUUGGAAUGUACUUAUCCGAGUACCGGCGCGCGUAUUAUGAUGUUUUUGGGGGGUCCAUGUUCUCAAGGCCCAGGUCAAGUUGUUAACGAUGACCUCAAGUUACCAAUUAGAUCUCAUCAUGAUAUUCAAAAGGAUAAUGCGAAGUACAUGAAAAAAGCGAUUAAACACUAUGAAGCGUUAGCUUUACGUUCUGCAACAAACGGACAUGCCGUCGAUAUUUACUCGUGUGCACUGGAUCAAACUGGUUUGAUGGAAAUGAAGCAGUGUUGCAAUUCUACCGGGGGUCACAUGGUAAUGGCAGACUCCUUCAAUUCGUCCUUAUUCAAGCAAACUUUCCAAAGAGUAUUUGCACGUGAUCCAAAAGGCGACCUUAGGAUGGCAUUUAAUGGUACAUUGGAAGUGAAAUGCUCUCGUGAAUUGAAAAUUCAGGGUGGUAUCGGAUCUUGUGUUUCGUUAAAUGUGAAAAGUCCGCUAGUUUCGGAUUCCGAAAUAGGAAUGGGAAAUACAGUUCAGUGGAAAAUGUGUGCAUUUACUCCAAGUACAACGAUGGCUUUAUUCUUUGAAGUUGUUAAUCAGCAUUCAGCACCCAUACCGCAGGGUGGGCGUGGUUGUAUACAAUUCAUCACCCAGUACCAACAUACUACUGGUCAAAGACGAAUUAGAGUAACUACUGUCGCUCGCCAUUGGGCAGAUGCCACAACAAGCUUGCACAAUAUAAGCUCAGGUUUUGACCAAGAAGCUGCCGCCGUGCUGAUGUCUAGAAUGGUUGUGUAUAAGGCAGAAACCGAUGAUGGACCUGAUGUUUUACGUUGGGUCGACAGAAUGUUAAUUCGAUUGUGUCAAAAAUUCGGAGAAUACAACAAAGAUGAUCCGGGCAGUUUUAGGUUGAGCGAAAACUUCAGUCUUUAUCCGCAGUUUAUGUAUCACCUUCGGAGAUCGCAAUUUCUGCAGGUGUUUAAUAAUUCACCGGACGAAACUUCAUUUUACCGACACAUGUUGAUGCGUGAAGAUCUCACACAAUCGCUAAUUAUGAUUCAACCCAUCCUUUACAGUUAUAGUUUUAACGGUCCUCCCGAACCAGUCUUGUUGGACACCAGUUCUAUACAGGCCGAUCGCAUUUUACUAAUGGACACAUUCUUCCAAAUACUAAUAUUCCACGGAGAGACAAUUGCACAAUGGCGUAGUAUGAAGUAUCAAGAUAUGCCGGAGUACGAGAACUUUAGGCAGCUGUUGCAAGCACCAGUCGAUGACGCUCAGGAGAUUUUGCAGACACGUUUCCCAAUGCCACGAUACAUUGACACGGAACAAGGCGGAUCUCAAGCGAGAUUUUUAUUAUCUAAAGUGAAUCCCAGUCAAACACAUAAUAACAUGUAUACGUAUGGGGCUGAUGGUGGUGCACCAGUUUUAACAGAUGAUGUUUCGUUACAAGUGUUUAUGGACCAUUUAAAGAAAUUGGCAGUAUCGUCUACAGCAUAAGGCAUUUUUUAGGGAAAGUUUAUCAUUUUAUUAACAAGUGAACAUGUUAUUUAUGCCAUUUUUUGAAAUAUAGAAAUAGAGUGUAGAGUUGAUGGUAAUGAUUAAAAUAGACCGAUUAUUAAUUAGGAAGUGGAA